AUGCCCGGCUUUUUGGAUCUUCCACUUGAACUCCGAAAUCAUGUCUACGAGGUGUUGCUUAACGAAGAGCUGGGGCGUUCUUUCCGCGGGGUUAUGGUGGUGUCAGAGCAUUACGUGAGGAACGAUUUACCGCUUCGGUGUUAUCGCGGGCUGCUGCGCGUAUGUCGCCAGACACACGGAGAGUUCAAGCAAGCAAUCCAACACCUGGUCGCUGCGAAACGCCUCAACUACGAAUUCGACAUUACCUUCUCGCAUGGCCGGCCGUACUUUUCGUUGAGCUGGGUUCAAUUUGCGGCGCUUUCGCCUACCAUCAAUCAACUCCUUAUCAACGUCGACUUGCGCACAAGAGAGCCCCUCCGAGACGGGCCGCGCGAAUCUUUUGUUCCUCAUGAGCAUGAGCUGGCUCAUUUGUUGGAGCACUCGCCGACUUGUUUUGCCAAACAGCUCUUCGAUUACAUUGCUAUCUUCCUGAAGACACUUGCGAAUCUAUUAUUCCAAGGCAACCCUCACUUCAGUGUGUUAUACACCGAACGUAUGAUCUUGAACCUGCGUACGCCAACGAAAGUGGUAGCGCUUGGGGGAAACGGCCACAAUCCAAUCACCCUGUCGCGGCGGCUUCGUGUCGACCAAGCCGAGGCCCGCAAGUUGCAUAACACUAUGCGCAACACUCUCCAGAUUACGUCGAACAACUUCAAGGCAUUUGACGCAAACAACUGUGACCGGCUAUUCCCUCUGAUACAGAUUGGUUCUUUGCGGUUUGCGACGGAAGGGGUGAUAUGGGGAGAAGGACACAACUUAGUGCUUGCGCAUGAUGAUUUUCAGUGGUUACGGUUUUAG